AUGGCCUCCUCCUUGGUGUUAACAGGCAUAUCCGCAAUGAGCGUCGACGCCUCCUUGCCCGAAUCUCCUAGUAGGCUCAUCGCCUCCCCCGCACUGCUCGCCUUUUCCUUCAUCAUAAUAAGCGCCGAUGCGACGUCCGCCGCAAGUGCCUCUUCCUCUUCCUCCUUCACCUUUGCUGGGGCCUUGACUCGUUUCUUCGCCUUUUGCUCUUCCAUGAUGGCCUUCUGCUCGAGGAUCUCCUUUUCACGUGCCUCCUCCUCCGCCGCUUCCGCCUCCCAGUCAUCGGCGGCGUCGUUGUACUCGCCAAAGUCGUCGUAA